AUGGCCUUCUUCUUAUCGAGGUUACGACCAGUAGCUUCUGCUUAUAUCCGCUUACUAACGAGUUACGCGGUCGCACCUCGAGGAAAAAUCAAUAUCUCCAUGCCAUGUAAAUUGGCUCGCAUUAUUCCUAUGAUGUCUGACGAUCAAAUGUUAGUUCGGUUAAUUGAUCACGAUGGUUAUCAGGUAGAUCAAGUAUUGCAAGUUGAUAUCGAAAAGAAUAAUACCAAUCAUCGCUCAGAUAUCAAAAUCAAUAGCAAGCCUGAACUGAUGCAAGACUUACGCAACAAGCUGCAGUUCGAACUUCAAGUUCCUAUGCAUUACGAUCUGGAUAUUAACUUGGAAGAUGGAGAUGUACAAAUUGAAAAUCUAGAGAGUCGGGCAAUUAAAAUUAAUUUACUGAAUGGUUCAUGUGUGACCAAGUCCUUGAAGGCAAUUUUUGCAAAUAAGCUUCAGGGUUCAACAAUAUCACUAACAACUGAUAAAGGUAAUGUAGCCGUUGAAUCAGUAUAUUGCAAAUCAAUGGAUUGCAAAUCUGAAAUGGGUUUAAUUCGUUUAGGCAGUUGUCAUGAUAGUCUAUCUGGUAGUGCUGAAAUAGCUUCACGGGAUGGUUCAAUUUCCAUUCAUGUUGAUGCCCAUGCAAUCGGAAAUGUAGAUUUGCAAACAACUGAAGGCAAUAUCGACAUUACUGUACCAUCGAAUCUUGGAGUUUCUGCCCAUUUCAUUGCUUCUCAUCUUGAAUUAGACAGAAAGCUUUCAUUGUCAAACUCAGUGUGCACAAAUGAUUCCUAUAAUGGUACUAUUGGUAAUAGAUCAUCGCAGACUACUUCAUCGGUUUUGAAUGCAUUUGCUAGAAAUGGUACGCUAGCAUGGCAUCGGGUUACAACACGCGAAUAUUUACCAAUAUUGGAUAUUAAUUUCAUUGUAUGA